AUGCCAAAGGUUUUAUCAAAAUUCCCGGUCUCUGGGCUGUUUGGGGUUCUCAAACCAUCAGGACCCACCAGCAUGUCAGUUGUUCACGACCUUCAGGAACUGGUAACGCGCUCGAAGCUUUUCGUAUUACCCGACAAGCUCGAGCAAAUGAGGAAGAGGAAGCCCGCGAAGCGCAAGGGAAAGCCAUCGAAGGACGCUGUAAAAGUUGGACAGGGUGGUACCUUGGAUCCUCUUGCGGACGGUGUGUUAGUUAUCGGUGUUGGGAAGGGAACGAAGAAGCUUUCAGAGUUUCUUGAUUGUACCAAAGAAUACGAAACAACAUGUCUUCUUGGGUGCGAAACCGAUACCUACGACAGUGAAGGCUCAAGAGUCCGCCUUGCACCCUGGCACCAUGUCACCCCUGAACUUGUCAAGUCCAUGCUUCCCAAAUUUACUGGAGAGAUAUCCCAAACUCCACCUAUAUUCUCUGCUCUAAAAAUGGAUGGUAAACCGCUAUACGAAUACGCACGCAAAGGAAUACCCCUCCCUCGCCCUAUCGAACCCCGAAAAGUGACGAUCCACUCCCUAGAAUUGGUUGAGUGGAAAGGCAAAGAGCACACUUACCGCUGGCCCGAAAAGACUUUCUCCGAAGACGACAAGCGUGCGAUGGAAACGGCCCUCAAAAGUGUUGACGCCUCUGUCGAAAUCAAAGACGACCCAGACCUUCCUUCUGAACAGGAAGCGCCUACUGCCUUCGUGCUCAAAAUGCGGGUCUCGGGCGGCACCUAUGUCCGCUCUAUCGUUCACGAUUUGGCCCAUGCCGUUGGCUCAGCUGGGCAUGUCGUGACGCUUAGCCGGACUCGCCAAGGGCGCUUUGUCACAACACCCACUGAAGGGGGGGAUCGGGCUUGUAUUCCUUGGGAAGUCUUCGAAAAGGCUUCAGAGGACGAAGAGCCUGAUGCAGACGGCUGGAAGAAGUGGGAGCGGGAGGUCAUGGAUCACUUAGAAGUCAUCGAAGAGCAUGGGCCUGGUGGAAAGAGUUAA